AUGGCAGCAGACUCCGGGGCGUUCACUAAUGAGGACUCUGAAUCUGGAGAGGAAGAAGGUAAACAUGUCAAACCUUUUACACCAGAGAAAGCGAAAGAAAUUAUAAUGUCUUUACAACAACCUGCAAUCUUCUGUAACAUGGUUUUUGAUUGGCCAGCCCAACACUGGACUGCAAAACAUCUUUCUGAGGUCCUUCAGGGCAAGCAGAUACGAUUCAGGAUGGGAACGAAACGCACAGAUACAGCUCCUCAGUUUGAAACCACAUGUAGUUACGUAGAAGCUACACUUGAAGAGUUUCUGACCUGGAACUGUGACCGAUCUAGUAUUUCUGGACCAUUUAGAGACUAUGAUCAUUCCAAAUUCUGGGCUUAUGCUGACUAUAAAUAUUUUGUCAGUUUAUUUGAAGACAAGACAGAUAUUUUCCAGCACCUGAGCUGAUUUGGAGUAUAUCAGAAACAUAGACUGUGUGUACAACUUCCUUUCCUCCUGACCUACAUCUAAGUCCUUGUUCUGUCAGUGAGGCAGAUGGAGGAUGUGAUGUGGUCUGACUUUGGGUUUCCUGGAAGAAAUGGACAGGAAAGUACAUUGUGGAUCGGCUCCAUGGGGGCCCAUACACCCUGUCAUCUGGACACCUAUGGUUGCAACCUAGUAUUCCAGGUACAAGGAAGGAAAAGAUGGCAUCUCUUUCCUCCUGAAGACACUCCUUUCCUUUAUCCAACUAGAAUCCCUUAUGAAGAAUCUAGCGUGUUCAGUAAAAUCAAUGUUGUCAAUCCUGAUUUAAAACGUUUUCCUCAAUUUUGGAAGGCUCGAAGACAUAUGGUUACCCUGAGCCCCGGACAGGUUCUGUUUGUCCCCAGACACUGGUGGCAUUAUGUGGAAUCCAUUGAUCCUGUCACUGUCAGUAUAAACUCAUGGAUUGAGCUGGAAGAGGAUCACCAAGCCCGGGUAGAAGAGGCAAUCACCCGCAUGCUUGUGUGUGCCCUGAAAACUGCAGAGAAUCCACAUGAUACGAGAGCUUGGUUAAACCCAACUGAGGUCGAGGAAACAUCCCAUGAAGUCAAUUGUCGCUACUUAAAUGGAGCCGUUUCUGCUUUUUUUGAUCAUUAUGGAAAAUCUAAGGUAGUAGAAACCCAAGCGCUGAGCACAGACAGAGAGUACGUGAUAAAGGAAGAAUUAAAUGUGCACAACCACGUGGAGGUAGAACAAACUAGUAGCCACAACUUAACCUUGGGAACAGUAAAACAGGAGGCAGCAAGUCCCUUUGGUCCUGAUCUGGUUCCUGUGAUACCAGGUUCCCAAGAACCACCCUCAGAAAGAGGAGGCAUGUUUGAAAGUGAUGGUGAAGACUUUGUUGGCAAAAAUGGAAAACGCUUUGGAAAACUGCAUUAUACCAAGAGACAACGAAUGAUGAGUGAAAGUGAGAAUGCAGUUGUGGAACAAAUUGCUUCAAAUAGUACUGUGGCCCCUUCCCAAACAUUCAUUUCUACAGAUGACUUGCUGGAUUGCUUGGUGAAUCCACAGGUAACCAGGAUAGUGGCACAACUUUUGAUUCAAGGAAGAAAUUUGUGA